CGACAGUUUAGUAUUUGAGAGUAUGAAGAAGGAUACAGGUUAGGAAAUGACUUGCGCAUGAGGUCCUUUCCGGUUUCGCCAUUACUUCUAGAGUGGUGGCAAAAUGCAAAUCUUCGUUAAGACCCUCACGGGCAAGACCAUCACACUUGAGGUCGAGCCCAGUGAUACUAUUGAAAAUGUCAAAGCUAAAAUUCAAGAUAAAGAAGGCAUUCCUCCAGAUCAGCAGAGGUUGAUUUUUGCAGGAAAACAGCUUGAAGAUGGACGUACUCUAUCUGACUAUAACAUUCAAAAAGAGUCUACCCUCCAUCUAGUGCUGAGACUUAGAGGUGGUGGUAAGAAGCGCAAGAAGAAGAACUACACAACCCCUAAGAAAAAUAAGCACAAGAAGAAGAAGGUCAAGCUUGCUGUGCUGAAAUACUACAAGGUUGAUGAGAAUGGCAAAAUCACCCGCCUUCGUCGUGAGUGCCCCAACAAAUACUGUGGUGCUGGUGUGUUUAUGGCUUCUCAUUUUGAUAGACAGUACUGUGGUAAAUGUUGCCUCACUUAUGUCUUUAACAAGCCAGAGGAAGAAGCAGAAUCAUAAACUGCACUUGUUUUCAAUAAUAAAUUUCAAAAUCUAAAA